AUGUUGCUAUGCAAAUUACGAAAGCAGCCAGCAGGCGGUAGGAAGGGAGCGUGGAGGGAUUGUGAGGUGGGGACAGUUUGAUGGAUGAAAACUCUCCCCCCCCCCCCUCCUUCAAUGGCAGUGACUGGAGCCAUGUCUGAAGAUAAGGGCAGGCCUGCAUUAUUGAAAUCCCACGUCCGUAAACCCAUCAAUAGCGGGUGACUGUGUGUGUGGCAUGCGUCUGGUGCGUGUUUGUUUAUGUAGUUGCCUGCCAAAGGCCCCCUCUCCUUUUAUGUCGCAGCCAAACUGUGUGGCUGGAAAGCCCUGGUGAGGAGAGGCAGCAAGCUGUGUGGCUGGAAAGCCCUGGUGAGGAGAGGCAGCAAGCUGUGUGGCUGGAAAGCCCUGGUGAGGAGAGGCAGCAAGCUGUGUGGCUGGAAAGCCCAGGUGAGGCAGCGAGGUGAUUUGCAUCUUUGUCAGAGCGCAGCGAGUGCUGAAACGUUUCCCUGUGACAGAUGACAGCCAUUGGGGCCGUUGGAUUAUGAGUUAUGUUCUGCCUAGGAGAGGAGCUGAGAGGAGGAAUUUGUUAUCAUCGCUCUGGCUCCGUGAUAACCACACGUAGUAGGUCCCACGCCGAAUUGUCAAAUUGCUAUACCAUAGAUGCAUUACAUUUGCCAAGAUUUGAUUAGUCCAAGAAAUUCUCCCUGUGACUAUGAAACCCUGAUCUGUUCAACGGACGUGCUACCUUGUCCCGGACAUUCAAUAUUUAAAUAAUAAAUCAUUCGAUUUUUCCAUUGUGUUAAUGAUGGCGGAUUGAUUGAUUUUCAAGUUUUUAGUAAACGUUUUUCCAAGAUGAGUGAUAAGAGAAUCCUCCAAGCCAUCGGGUAUCUCACUACACCCCCAUAUUCCAUGUCUUGAAAUAUGCAGACAGACAGAUUAAAAGUACGUUCACAUUGUAAUACUUCUGACAGCCAACUUUCUAGCUCCGCCCACAACUUCCAGACUUUAUAGCAUUCCCAGAAAGCAUGGAUUAUUGAGUCAUUAUUAGUUUUACACUUAAGACGACUCUGCCAUUGUGCUGUAGAAUUUGUGAAUUUUUUCGCUUGUAUAAUAAAUUCUAUACAUUAGUUUAUACUGGAUUAAGCGUACAUUUUCGUUUACCAAAUUCCAUAGUUAUGCUCCAACUUUCCCUCCAUCUUGUGCCAACAUAAAUUAUUUGUAAGUCAUGGUUCCAAUAGUUGUAUAUUUUUUUCUAAGAGGAACCCUGACCUGUUCACCGGACGUGCUACCUUGUCACCUGCUGUUUUGACUCACUCUCGCGCUUUUUGUCGCGCUCUCUCUCUCUCGCGCGCGCUCUCUAGGUUCCUGCCUUUCUAGGCAGUUUUUCCUAGCCACUGCUCUUCUGCAUUGCUUGCUCUUUGGGGUUUUAGGCUGGGUUUCUGUAUAAGCACUUUGUGACAUCUGCUGAUGUAAAAAGGGCUUUAUAAAUGUGAUUGAUUGAUGGUAACACAUAUUUGUUCUGUCUCUGUCUUGACAGGAUUGUACCAGUGAGGGAUGGUGGGAGGCAGACUACCCAUGUGGAACUAACCAUCCAGGAACCACCACAUCACACAAAGCAUGGUAAGCUACUGUAUAUAAAGCCCUCUCUCUAAUGUACUGAAUGGCAGACCUGGAAGAGCCCUCCACAAGGGCUUUGGUUUUCAUUUGGAUGUAGGAUUACUGUGUUGUUGCUACUCCUCCACAGGGCUAGCUGGUAUCAUUUCUAAAUGGGUCCUGCAGUUGAUCCAAUAUGAGAUGAAUCAAACAGCCGCCCCCGUAUCGUACCGUAGGCAGGCAGGAAACUCAAUUAAUCCACUUCCUGGCAUCCGUACUCUGCUCUGUCAUGGACUCGCUCUGUGGCAGGCAGACCUGGGUCCAAAUAGUGUUUGGCUAUCUCUCAAAUACUUUGAAUAUUUGAUUGAGCCUGCCUUGGAGUGCGAGUGAAAUGGGCACUUUUGGGACAAUUGCAUUGGUGCCAUUGCGCCAGGAAGGCUCAAUCAAGUGCAGCUGAAGUAUUUGAAUAAAAACAAAUACUGUUUGAACCCAGGUAUGGUUUGGUCCGUGGGAGUAGAACAGAGGGUUGGUCUACUUUAGCGGUACAUCAGCCAUCCAGGUAGACACAUUAUUCCCCCUGCUAGUGAUGAUGGCUCAGACUGAUACAUGCCGUUUGCCUGACUGCCUCAAAGGCUUCUCUUCCCCUGUUAGAAAUCAGCAGCAGCUAACGCUUCCCUCUUACAAGAGCCAGAUAGAGCAAGGCUACGUCCCAAAUGGCACCCUAUUCCCUAGAUAGUGCACUACGUUUGACCAGAGUAGUGCACUAUAUAGGGAAUAAAGGUGCAAUUUGCAAAGCAAGGCUCCAUAUUCUGCUGCUUGUGUGGCGCUCUCCAAUGACCUUGACUUUCCCUGUUUGUAGAUUGGGUCCUGAGACAUGUUCUCAAGUGUUGUGGUUACAGUAUGGGACUCUCUGUUAAAUGACUCCUCCCGCGCUUGAUUAAUGGAGAUGUAUUACUAAUGUGCUCCUAAUGGAAAUUCUACAACAUAUACCCACGUCUCUGGCUAGUGGUCUCUUGCUUUGUGUUAAAACUGUUUAUGAGGGUCUUACUACAGCUUUAAAAGUUGAUCGUGGAUCUGUUUUUAUUGAGGGGAAAUUCUACUUAUUUUAUUUCCAAAAGUGAGUUAAUUCACUUUAAUAUUCUCUAAUGUAAAAUCACAAGAGCUUCUCUAAUAGGAUUCCACAGUAUACUGAGAAACUAUAAAUGUGUGUGGGUGAAUGAGAAUGUCAUCCCUUCAGUGCUAUAACGCUCUGAGUCUCACCCCUCUCUUUGGCCUUAUGUGUUGUCUUGUUGCAGGUGGAUGCGAGUGCUGCCUGCAGAAUGAACCCGCUAGCUGCCCUGGGCAUGGACCGUAGCAGCCUGAUGAGGGAGAGCCUCCGCGUCCACGGAGGGAUGGUCUACCCGGGCAUCCGCACCCUGUCCGCCUCCGAAAAAGCCAGGGAGGGGGUUUCCUCCUUGCCCCUGGGCUACGACCUUGUCUACAAACCCGAAGGGUUGACCUUGGACGGCAGGAAGCCUGGUAACGGUUAUGUGGGUCUGUAUAAGAGCCCUCCCCCCGGGUUGCAGAGGCCUGGCGGAGGAGGGGAGGGCCUGGGGAUGGAGCGCCGUGUGGGGCCUGGAGAUAAGCCCUCUGAGCUGGGCCUCAACGGCAGCAACGGCUUUCUGCGGCUGCCCUGGGCGGUAAACCCGUACGCUGACCCUGGCCUGUACCCCUUCCUGGACUCCUCCAAAUACGCAGCCCUCAACAUGUACAAGGCCUCGUUCCUGUCCCAGCCCUCACCCUACUUGCCCCAGCACCUGGCCUACCAGUCCCUGUGUGGCGGGGCGGGGGGUAGCGCCGCUGGGGCUGAGCGCCUCUUCUACAUGCCCCCGUACCCCCCGGCCCCCAUCUCCUCCCCCCUGGCCCCUCCUAUGAGGAUCCCCAUGGCCACAGUGGCCCCCACCACCCUCUCCCCGAUGCAGGGCCUGGGGCCCCGGAUCCACCACGAGGCCUCCCCCUACGGGUCCCAGCUUCACCAGCAGCACCAGGCACACCAGCAGUCCCAACCCCAUCACCAGUCACGUAGUGACAGGCAGCCCCAGUCCCAACCCCAUCACCAGUCCCAUAGUGACAGGCAGCCCCAGUCCCAACCCCAUCACCAGUCACAUAGUGACAGGCAGCCCCAGUCCCAACCCCAUCACCAGUCACAUAGUGACAGGCAGCCCCAGUCCCAACCCCAUCACCAGUCACACAGUGACAGGCAGCCCCAGUCCCAACCCCAUCACCAGUCCCAUAGUGACAGGCAGCCCCAGUCCCAACCCCAUCACCAGUCCCAUAGUGACAGGCAGCCCCAACCCCAACCCCAUCACCAGUCACACAGUAGUGACAGGCAGUGCCAGUCCCAACCCCAGUCCCAUAAUGACAGGCAGCACAGCAACAGCAGCAGUAGUAAGCCCAGCCGGACUUCCUCUAGUAAGAGCUCUGGCAGCAGCAGCAUUCACAACAGUAGCAGUAUUACCAGUAGUAUUAGUGCUGGGAUUGGUAUUAGCAGCAGCCUACCAGUGGACUCCAAACCAGCACUUAUAAUGCAGUCCCCCCGCACAGCCCCCCGCCCUCCCCAGACCUCGGUCCCUCCCCCUUCUCCUCUCAUAGACAACAGCACUUUGGACUUCCAGAAGUCACUGUUCAGAAGCCCCCCCUGCUCCACCACCACCUCUUCUUCCUCCCCGUCGGUGUCCCAUCCUUUCUACAUGAGCAGCAUGGCCUCUGAGCACCGCUCCCCUGUGCGGUCCGGCAGCCACAGCCACAAAGCCAAACUCAAAGAGCAGGGUAGCAGCUCAGAGCACAGGAACGUGGAGAGGAACGGGGAAAGGAAGCAGAGCCAGUCCCCUUUGAAGACUUUGUCUUCUGAUAGACCAGCGGUAUUACAGGCUCCUGCCAAAGACCCUGCGGACAAGCCUCUGGAUCUGUCGGCCAAAAUCCUGGAGUUGGAAGGCUCCCCCAACGGAUUCCCCCCAAAACUAGAGGCCUUGGCUAAGCUGGGAUACUCACCCGCGGCUCGAUACGGCUUACCCCCCAGCCGGGAGCUCCUCAAAGAGACCCUCUCCCCGUCAGAGGCUUCCUCCAAAACCCCAGAGAGGCCUGAGAUCAUUAGCACUUUACACUCCUCCUGGGUGGUGCCCAGCCCGACCCUGGUCCACGACAGCUCCAGCUCAGACGCCAACCACAACAAAGACCCCUCUGUCAUCAAAAACAAAAACCUGGAUAACUUUUCUUCACCACAGCAGCGAAGCUCCUCCUGUCCCAGGAUAGGUGAGGUCGAUGGGGCUGUCGUCCCGAGCCCUGCCCCAUCUGUGGUGGCUCCUUCUGGGAGCCGACCGUCCUCUGCCUCCCCCUCUCCCAAGGUCAACGGUGAUUGGCCAAGAUCCUCCCCCAACUACUCUGAGAAAGCCCCUUCUUCCAACAGAGUGGGCAGCCAUCCCUCUUCUGGGAAGCCAUUGAAACCCCUCAAGAAACCAGAGGCUCAGGAGAUGCCCUUCAAACCCCAGCAGCCGCCCCACUUAGAGAACGGCCAUCCGUCCGGCCACCCCCCCAGCCACCUCUACCUCCCCCAGAGCGACGGCUAUCUGCCCCCUAGCCUAGCCUACGCUAACAGAUACCUGCCCUACUCAGUCCAGGAGAGCAUGUCCCUGCCCCACAUGCCCAUGCCAGGCAAAGGCCCAGUGUACCCCCACCCUGUCCUGCUGGGCAGCAGCAGCCUGUACCCACCCCGCCUGCCCCCCAAGCACGGCCUCCCGUAUGGCAUCCCCCCCAGCCACGGGGACUACAUGACCUACCAUGACUCUCAGGAGAUGGUCCACCCCCUCAUGUCCUCCCCCCACACAGGCCUGGACCUCAAGAACAGCGAGCGGCUGCAGGAGCUCCGGUCCAGGCCCCAUGAGAAGGUUUGGCAGCACCACGAGGACUCCGCCUCGGCCUACAAGAGCCAGACCCAGGCCCCAGACACUAAACACACCCGCAGGGGGGACAGAGAGACAGACCGGUCCACAGGCCUGGGCUCAAAGAGCCUCAACCACAAGCCCCUGACGGGAACUAGAGAGGAGAUAGUCUGUAUCGACUUAAUCCAAGACGAUGGGGACAGCGACUCUCCCCUGACCAAAGCUGUCUCUCCAUGUGCUAAGAGAGGAGACCCCUCCAAACCUGUGGGUAGUGGGAGUAUUGGGAGAAACGAGGGGAGAGAGGCAGAGCUCCAGCACAUGCUCCGUACCGGCCAGGCUGUUGAACUCAGGCCAGGCCAGGCCCACAUGCAGGCAGAGCAGCAGCAACGCAGCCAGCUGUGGCUGGGCUUCCACCCUUCCUCCCUCCGUCCUGAGCCCCCCUCCCUCUCCCCCUGCCCUUUCCCCAGCCAUGAGGAGGACAGCCCCAGCCCUGCAGAGAGCAGCCCCCUCUCUGACCUGCCGGAGGAGCAGACCCUUCGCUGCGCAAGGACUUCUGGAGACCGCACCUCUUGGGACCGUAGAGACCACUCUUUAGAGGGCCUUGAUAGCAGGGACUGUACUUUUGAGGACCCCACCUCUGUGGACCGUAGUUCUGGGAACCGCAGCUCUUGGGACCGUACAUGUGUGGAUCGUACAUGUAGGGACCGCUCUUGCGAGGACCGCACCUCCGGAGACCACUCUCCUAGGGAACGCACCUUGAACGAAUCUGGGUUUAGGAAUGAAAGGACCAUGGACCACUACUCGGACCUGGACAAGGACAUGCACACGGACACAGAGUCCCACGAGGGUGAGGAGUACGACGACCAAGGCUACCCCAGGGCCAGGAGGUCCAGCCUGGCCAAGCGCAUCGCUAACUCCUCUGGCUACGUUGGUGACCGCAUCAAGUGUGUCACCACCGAGCUGUACGCCGACUCCAGCAAGCUGAGCAGAGAGCAGCGGGCACUGCAGGUGAGCUCCCAGAACAAAUACAUAACUAACCUUUUAAAAGUCUUUAAAAACAUCCUCAAUAGUCCUUUCCUGGUUCCUAGAGCGAGGCAGUACGUGUUGGCUUUUGUUCCAACCCAGGAAUAACACACCUGAUUUGAAAAUCAAGAUUUUGUGAUUAGAUGAUGACUUUAAUCUGGUGUGUUAGCAGUUGGGACCACAAGGGAGGAAGACUGAAAGGAUAGGGCUUUCUAAGAUUUCAGGCAGUAAGGUUUCACUGGGCAGAACUAAAGGAGACAGUGGUCUAUAGAGAGCAGUGGAGUUGGAAGUAGGAAGCUCUCUGCUCUGUAUAAGCUGCUCUGCCCUGCCAAGCCCCGACUCCACAAGCUCCAGUAUAAUUACUGUUGGCCGUUGCCUCCCCUCCCCUCUGUCUCCCUCCCUCCCUUCCUACAAUCCUCCCUGCUUCCCUCCCUCCCUCACCCCCGCCCAUGCUAUGAGCCCGUGGAGCUGCCCUCCACUGCAGUGGUGGUUUAGUUUGCGGGGAGAGCGAGUGAACACAACACGCUGUGUGUGUGUGCCUGCGCUGCUCAGCCGGGCAGAAGCUCAGCUGCUGGCUGCUUGUGUGUGUGUGUGUUUGUGUGCCUCUGAGCGUGUGUGUGCCUUGGCGGCCUGUCGGGCUCUUAAAGCCCCGGGCUAUUGUUAACCUGCAGGUGAGCCCUGGGGAUGGGGGUAUAGAUGGUGGUGAAGGAGGGGUGGCAUAGAGGUAGAGCAGCCAGCCCCCUCCCUUCUCCCAGUCCCCAAAAGGCUCCUCUGUCCUCAAAUUAUACUCUGUUAAUCUCCCCUCCCCCUCUCCCCCGUCCUCCUCCUCCUCGCUCUGUUGGCUGAGCGCUGCGGUACGGAGUCAGCCUGGCUCUCUCAGCUCUGCUCUAGUGGAAUCCUGGCCAAGUCCCAGUACUUCUCCGACGGUGGAGAUUAG